AUGGAAAACUCGUCGAAAGAUAUUGGGGAUGCUCCGUUUGCCACAGAGGAACCUUUUAAAGUGUACAGAUGUUAUUACGAGAGACAGAUUUUUGCAAGUGUACUCAUUCUGACAUCGAUCUUUGGAUUUGUUGGUAAUGUGAUGGUCCUUAUUACCGUCUCGCUGUCUAGGAAACUCCGUACUGUCACUAAUGUCUUUGUAGUCACCCUCAGCAUCAGCGAUUUGAUAUCGUGCGUCUUUCUGCCGUGGCAGGUGGUUGCCGUCUUGAGCGAAGAUGGUUGGCCGCUCCCACAAGCAUACUGGAUCUGCCAGUUGACGUCAGUCAUGCUAACUAUUGGCAACAAUUGUACUAUCAACAUGUUAGCGCUCAUAGCAGUCAACAGGUGGAUUGGUGUCACUAAAUCCCGUGCCACGACUUGCCGCGUCUACACUUGUAGAAACAUCGCUUGUAUGGUCGCUUUCUCGGUGAUUAUACCUAUUUUUGUGUCGGUGAUUUUACCCUUGAUCGGCAUUGGAGAGAUGGGAUACGAACCACUCUACAGCUCCUGCUCCUGGGUGAAGGACAACCCGUACUCUUUCGUUCAAAACAUUGUGAUUGGCGUUUUGCACUUUCCAAUCCAGUUUACCGUCAUUUGUGCAUGCUACGUUUCAAUAUUUCGGUACGUUCUCAAGUCGUCCCGUCGCGUAGCUGGACAUGACAUUCCAAGUGUCUCGGGCGUGAUAAGUGGAGCUGAGCGUGCAAUGCGAAAGAGGUUUUGGAAGAGGCAGAUUGCAGUCACUAAGAAUCUCGUCUACAUCGUCUUAGCCUACAUUAUCUGCCUUCUGCCAUUCAGUGUGUCUGUUAUACCUCUAGGAUACGAUUGGAGCAUCCGUAUGACUCCUUAUGCAGCAGCCAUCAUGAACUUUAACACGUUUCUCAAUCCUAUUAUUUACGCCACAUCCCACCCUGAUUUUAAAGAAACUUUUGGAUGCAUGGUGCGGUGUAAAUGUAAGGAUAUUCCACGUCAGGCUUGCCCAAAAUGA